CAGAGAUAGAACUUCCCUAGUGCUGCGGAAUGUCAUCUCUCGACUGAACUUGUUUUUCUUCUAAUUUCUCGUUUGUACUUAAGUAUGAAUUCGAAUUUAUUCCCGUGUAUGCUUCGAAUUAAGGUAUAUUUGUGUUUCGAGUAAGUCGAUUUCGUUGUCCUCCCAGCGGAUCUUGGAACGUUUCGCCGUAAAAUUUCGUUCGAAGUGGAAGUGUGAGUGACCAUUUUCACUGAAUGAAUCUCCUCUAUUUUAUCUAAUGAAGAUCUUUUUGCGUGCGAUAGCGGUGAUGUGCGAAAAUUUUAUUCUGACCUUUCGACAGUGAAGUUUUGUUUGCGUAAGUGUUUGGUGUGCAUAUAUAUUUAAUAAGUAUCCGAUUUUGACACUAUUUUAAUCGUUCAUGAAAUGAUUCUGUUGUAAGUCGUGUAAUUAAAGUUUCAAAACUGCUUUGGUAUUUUGCCUAGUGAUGGAAUAAUAAAAUGGCUGCAAUAUUUUUUAAAGUUAAAUUAUUCUUCGUUAGUGUUCUACUGAUACAAGCAUGGCACAUCACUCUAGUAACAUGUUGUCCCUCAGUCUCUGUGGCACGUGGAUUUACAACCAAAGACAUGACAUUGGAAGUUGGCUCGCCUCUUAGAAUCCAGUGUUCAUUAUUUUCUACUAAAAUUCAGUUCAAGAACACAAUAUAUAAUGCGAGCUCAGAAAAUUUGCUGUUCAAAUUUAAAACAACAUCAAUAAAAAAUCUUACCAUUGUAGAUGAAUUAACUGCAGAGUACUUUGUCGAAAAUGCAACUGUAAAUGACACUGGAAUAUAUUCCUGCUAUGUACGGCAUCCGGACAUCAAUGGUUCCAUGCCUUAUAUCUGUAAUACGAACGUUGUUGUUGGUUAUAAGCCUUUAAGUGUUGAAAACUUCACCUGCAUCAGCUUGGAAUUUUUCAACUUAACUUGCACUUGGAAACUUCCAUUCAAUCCUGUCAAGACGGAUUAUUCGAUAUAUGAGCUUAUGCUCAGGGCAAACAGGAAGAGGCGUUGUGCAGAAAAACUAGAGAACGGCUGCAGCUGGACAACAGCUACUAACCCAAUCUAUAUGAGAUCUACUGAGAAGCUGAACUUUUUGAUUGUCGGAAAUAAUUCUUUGGGUACCAGUGAAUACCUUUUCAGUGUUGACCACUUCAAAAUUGUAAAGCCAGGUGCUCCACAGAGGGCAGAGUUUACAAACAUCACGCCAACAUCUAUGAUGCUCCAUUGUACGUUUCCAAAGAAUAUGAUGUAUGGAGAGUUUAAACCUGGCUUAUUAUUUUCCAUCCAGUAUCGUCCUAAGGAUUACCCUGCACCAUAUAAGGAAAUAAGAGUUUACUUUCAAAGUCAAGGCUCCCUAGAAAUAACAGAUUUAAUCCCUUAUACCGAAUAUGAAUUCAAAAUCCGUUGUAGAUCAAAUGUAUCAGACAGUGAUUUGAUGUGGAGCCCUCUUUUAACAGCUUCUAUGGGAACACAUCCUGAUGUUCCUUACUGGGCACCAGAAACUGCAAGUUCAGGUUUUGACAUUCAGGUUAUUUUAGGCAAUAGAACAAUAUCUUUGUAUUGGAAGGCCAUUCCCUUCAAUUAUGAAAAUGGUCCAAAUUUAGAAUAUAUGGUUCAGUAUCAUAUUCAUCAUGUUCCAUCCCGAAUUAUUCGAGAAAGCGCAGUUUUUGGUAUUGGGAAAAAUACAACAUAUAGUUUUGAAAGUAUGGAUGUGAACUCAGCAUAUAUGUUUAAUAUAUUUGCCAGAAAUGAAAUUGGUACUUCAGUAAACACAUCGCAGAUAAUCGUGGAUAAAGCAGAUAAGCUGCUUGAUGGGCCGAGAGAUAUCACUGUCAUAUACAAUAAGGGGAACUAUAACAUUUCCUGGAAGGCACCUAACAAUCAGAUUAAAUAUUAUACCUUAUUUUGGUGUGAAGGUCCUGAAAGAGGUGAAGGAGCCAUAGAUUGGGUGCAUGUGCAGCAAACUGAAUAUCAGCUCAAUCUGUCAGAUAAAAGCACAUGGUAUCAGUUUGCAGUAGCUGCAAAUACUGAUAUUCAGACUUCAGGAAUGUUUUGGGCUUCUUGCAUUGUGGUUGGUGGUGAGCGUUUUGAAAUAAAAAGCGUUGAGUUAACUCCAAAACAUUCAACCAGCCUGAAGAUACAGUGGUCUUUAGAUUGUGAAGCCCAGAAACGUAUAGUGGAGCAUUAUAAUAUCCAUUAUUGUGAAACUGGGAGAGUUUGCUCUGCUGAGGCCAAUUGUACCAAUCAUGAAAAAGUUGAAGUCAUCAAAAACCGACAUUUGAAUGAAUAUUACCUGGUUUCCCUAAAGCCUUAUACCUGUUAUAAAGCAUUUAUGCGUGUUUUAACGAGUAAUGGAUGGAGUGCAGACAGCAAUAUAGCUUCUGAGUCUACCUUGUCAUCAGCUCCUAGUGACUCACCAGGUGAUGUGAAAAUCUUAAGAAUUGAUGGCACAAAAAUCCGCAUAUCAUUUGUCCCACCUCAAAUUCCAAAUGGAAUCGUAACACGCUAUGUAGUAACUUACAAUAAAACUUCAGAUGGUACAUCUCACCAUGUGCAAGUCCGAGUACAGGAGACGAAAAUGGACCAUGGAGCAUAUAUAGUUGACUUGCAGAAGUCUCUAUUUUAUUAUUCAAAUUAUUCCAUUGAAGUAGAAGCCUGUGUAGAAAAAGCUUGUUCUCCACCAUCUAAACCAGUGUAUGCUUUAACUGGUAUAUCAAGACCAGGUAUAAUGAAAUCACCUAGUGUCGAAAUUUUGAAAUCUUCAAUGAAUAUAUCUUGGGAUCCUCCAUUCUUGCCCAAUGGACCAUUAGAUUUAUACCAAGUUGUAAAGGAAAGUACAAACAGUAGUAUAAAAGAAGAAUAUAAUAUUACUGGACGUAACUUCCUUAUUCUUUCCCUUGCUUGCUCAGAUGAAGAAAAAGAAGAAAAAAUAGUAUACAGUUUUAAAGUUCGGGCUGUCAACUUCAGAGGUGAUAUGGCCUUAUAUGGAGAUUUUAGCAGACAGACAGAAACAAUACUUUGUGUUUCAAGCACCUCAUUUGGAUUGAUAAUAGGUAGCACAGCUGGUGCUGUUAUUGGAUUUGUACUAUUUGUGCUACUAAUGUAUUGUGUAAUAUCAUGGAUGAAGAGAGAAGUUGCAAUGAUAAAAGGCAUCAAUGUUCAACUUCCAAAAGGAUUAGAUUCUCCAAUUGAUAAUCCAUUGAAUUCGUAUGAUAAAUUUAAAAGCGGUUUGCAGAAGAGUCAUGAUUCUGGCAUACCAUAUGACAGGACUUACGAGAGAUUGUGCUCUUUUGCUUCAGAAGGAGAUACCAAAGAUAUUGGAAAUGGUUGCAUACUAAAUGAAGAGCCAUCGGAUAGAUCAAAAAGACUUCAUUCUGGACGCAACAAUAGUGGUGAAAGCGACGCAUCAGGCAAGUGCCAUGAUAGUAUAUCAUCUUCAAAUACGACGAAAACUCACCUGUCGAUUGAUUCUGGUGCCGAGAUAGAUUCUCCUCCAUCUCCAGAUGGAUUUUUUUCUGAUACAAGCUCAUCGAAUACCACUCCUCGUUCAUACAAGCCAGAUCUAACAAUUGUGAAAGAAAGUAAUGGGUCAGUCAGCAGAGAUUCUGGUUUGGAGAAGGAAGGAACUGGACCCACUCUGAUGUCACAAAAUAUCGAAAUUCCGACAAAAUACUCGUGGUACAUAAGAAAGAAGAAUUGUCCAUUUUUAAUUCAAAAAAAUGCAGGGCAGAUGCCAGCAUAUAGCAAAUUUGCUGUUCUUCCUUCUAGCACAUUAUCGUAUGUACCUUAUGGAGAACAAAAUUUGGGCUUGCUGGAAAAAAGCAGUCUGUCCAAUAGUGAGCCAUCUGUAUCAGAUUUUGAUACUUGUUGUCCCGAGCCUGUAGCUCUUUCUGGAAUAGCGCCAUAUUCAAAAUUUGGUUUAGCCAGAAGUGCUGGUAAUGGGCUAAAUAUGUCUAAUCAGCCAUUUACUAUCAGCACACCUGGCUAUUCCAAAUUUGGUACUACAUAUAGAGCUUUGCCACAGCUGAAUAGUAGUGAGGAGAAGAAUUUACCUGUAAUUUCUUCUGGUACAAAAUGCUGCUUGAAAUAUGUACCUGAGGGUCAUAGUGCUUUGACUGCUCUUGCCUUGCACCAUAGUCCGGUGUACAUCAGACCAAAAGAUUUAUGCUCCGGCACGUUGCCAAAAAAGUAUUUAGAGAAAGGUCCAGUAAAAGAUGAGCCUUCAAAUAAUGGCUAUGUUAGUUACGGUGAAGCUGUGAAAUAUGAUGCAUAUUCAAAGGUGGGCAUGGCAUCUAAGCCAGACUGUCGCUCGUCUUAUGUAACUUUUCAAGAUGCUAAAUCGAUGAACAUUCACAGUUCACCUAAAAAUGUAGCCAUUUGUCCUGCCUCUGCUUCAGAACCAGUGGACAGUAGUGAUUUUAAUCAUGAAGUAGAUAAGGAUGAAUCUUCUGUUAUCCCUGAUGUUAAAAUUAACGAAUCUCUGAAUAUUACAGUUGAUGAGAAUCAUUCAGUUGGCCCUUCUGAUUCAUAUACUGUAUUAUCUAAUGUUGGUGUUAAAGAGACUACAAAAAGCUGUAUUCCUUCCGAAGAAAGCCCGGCCAUAGAUUUUGACAUUCAUAAUUCUGAACACAACAUUGCCAGUAUUGGUGAACUAUGUAAUGACAUUUCUCAGAUAAAUAAUAAUGAAAACGAUGAACAAAUUCAUAGUGCACUUGGUAGUAAUGAAUUAGACAUUCAUGUAAGUGAUAGUAGCAUAGAUGAAGACUUUGCAUUUUAUGGCCAAACUAACACAGAAGAGAAUGUAAGGUUAAAGGAACAGAAUAUAUCUAAAGGGUAUGUCCCCUUUAGUGAACUAUCAAAAGAACCAGUUGUUGUUACACGACCAAAUCUUGCACAUCUGCCUGUGGAAAACAUAUGAUGUAAUAGUUUUUAAUAUUCUCAGUAACUGCCAAAGUAUGCACUUGUUGUAUUUUUACAUGUUAUAAAAUUGCAGCAGGCAUACGUUUAAGCUUUAAAAUAUUUGAUUUAAACUGUAAACAGAUAUUUAAUGGAAUAUAAAGGAAACAUGCCAGUUAAGAUUGAAUUUUGCCAUAGGUGGUAGGCAUUGAUUCUUUACAGAAGGUACUAUGUUUUCAACAGAAAAUUUAGCUCAGAAUUUUAUUUCAGUGAAAGAAAAACAUAUUCUGUUUUGCCUUGCAAAACACAUGAAUCUAUAUGCCUACUAUUAAUGGCAGCCUGUGAUUGAAUUGUACCUAAUUUUAAAGGAAUGGAAGUAUUUUUAGAAAACAUGAAACAAAGUACCUGAAAAUAUCUGCCAGUGCAUUUUUUUGCAAUGUAAGGAGAUUGUGAAAGAAUUUUGUAAAUGGGUUUUAACACUGAAAGUAUGCUUUGCUUUAAAAUAGUUGUUCAGAUUCAAAUAAAGCUUAUGAUAACUACACUAUAUGUGCAGAAAGAGGUUCCAGACAUUAGGGACCAAUCUAAGAUUUAUGCAUAUUAUAGAUAACUAACAUUGUGAAAUAUACACAUUAAAAGUUUCGAAUAUAAAUUUUCCUGAGCCUAUCCCGAUCUGCUGUGAUUAGAUUUUUAAAGAUUGGUUACUGAAAGUUAUAAGGUAAAAACUAUUUUAAAGCUUAGAGUAGUAAUUGAUUCAUAAUUGUGUUAGUAUGAGUUUUUCAAAAUGAAAAUUUGAAGGGCUUAUGAACUUGUAAGUAAAAUAAAUUCAUUUGGGCUUGCCAAAGAAACUUAAAUUCUUUGCCGAAGUUUCAAAUGCAUCAGCUACUGCACUUACAAAUGGGCAUUGAGCAUCUUCAUUCAAUAUUUGUGCCUCUCAUAAUUUAAAUGAAACAUCCUAAUCAUUUGUAUGAAACAACAUAAUGGCAUUUAUUUGAGCAUGUUGAAAACUCCCAUUCAAUUUCGUUAAAAAUUGAUCAACUAAAUUGUAUCUGUGGGAUUUUCUUUUAAUCAGUGUAAUUCUUAUCAUUUAUAAUGCAAAUUUUAUCAAGGAUUUUUAAAUACUUCUGAAUUUGUACAUAAUUUUAUUUCCAUUAAUCUUCUGCAUUCGUUAAUGAAUUUAAUGGUAUUCUAAAGCUUUUUCCAAAAAAAAAAAAAAAAAAAAAAAAAA